UCGAAUGCCAAACACUCCUAAAAUCUCAAACAUUCUGAUCAAAAUACCGAAAGUUAUGGCAAAGAAAGAGUGCUGCUUCCUGCUGCCGCCAACGAGCGCAUUGGCGUAAAGAAACAACGCCUUCUGUGGAAAACAGAAGGAAAGAGCGGAACGGUUCAAAACCCGGUUACCUUAGUCCCAGAUAGACCAGACUAGAGCACUACGGCAGUAGGACGCGAACGCUGAGACUGAGGCAUUGCGGCAACCAGAAAGGAACAGCCUCAAACUUACCGAUUACGGUCCAAACAUCUCCGUCUGUUUCCCGUUCUUUAACAGUGAGAACACCAUCCAUUAGUCAUCAGUGAGCUCUUAAACAUGGAUUCAUUAGGCGACCUCAAGGACAAGUUGGCAAAGUUUCGUAUAAAAGAACUAAAGGAUGCCCUCACUGAACUUGGUCUUUCAAAGCAAGGAAAGAAGCAGGUCCUCGUUGAUCGAAUAUUGGCCAUCUUCUCUGAUGACCAGGGAAUGUGUGCGAAGAAAACUGUUAUUGCCAAGGAAAAGGUGGUAAAUAUUGUGGAUGACAUUUACAGAAAAAUGCAUGUUUAUGGAACACCUGACUCUGCAUCAAAACCACUGGGAUUCUCACAUGGUAGCACUGUGAAGUUAAACGAUGAAAUAGAAGUCUCUAACAAGACGUAUAAGAUUCAAUGUCCAUGUGGAAACACCAUGCAGACGGAAUCGAUGAUUAAGUGUGAAGAUCCCAAAUGCCAUGUGUGGCAACAUAUUAGGUGCGUUGUCAUCCCAGAGAAAGAUGUUGAGGGUGGUAUUCCAACAACACCGCACAAAACUUUCUAUUGUGAACUGUGUAGAUUGAGUCGUCUUGACCCCUUCUGGGAAUCGGUGGCAAACCCUUUACUUCCAGUGAAGCUGACCAUUACAGACAUCCCACCUGAUGGAACAAGUCCUGUACAGAGUAUUGAUAAAACGUUUCAACUUACUAGAGCAGAGACUGAUUUAGUGGAAAAACAGGAGUAUGAUAUUCAGGCUUGGUGCAUGCUCCUCAAUGAUAAGGUGCAGUUUAGGAUGCAUUGGCCUCUGCAUACUUCUCUGCAGCUCAAUGGGGUCCCUGUACGCGUGAUAAACAGGCCAGGGUCACAGUUGUUAGGAGCUAAUGGUCGAGAUGAUGGACCUAUUAUAACAACAUGCAUUCGGGAAGGGAUAAACAAAAUAUCUAUGGCGGGAAUCGAUGCCCGUGUGUUUUGUUUUGGUGUCAGAGUAGUGAAGAAGCGGACUGUGCAACAGAUACUCAAUCGUAUUCCCAAGGAGUCCGAUGGUGAGAGAUUUGAAGAUGCACUUGCUAGAGUUUGUCGUGUUGGUGGUGGGGAUGUUGCAGAAAAUGCUGAUAGUGACAGUGAUCUUCAAAUAGUUGAUGACUUCAUUUCUGUGAAUCUUCGGUGCCCUAUGAGUGGUUUGAGGAUCAAGGUUGCUGGGCGAUUUCAGCCCUGUACUCACAAGGGCUGUUUUGAUCUUGAAGUUUUUGUGGAAAUAAACCGAAGGUCUAAAAAGUGGCAAUGUCCCAUUUGUCUGAAGAAUUACUCCCUGGAGCAUAUAAUUAUUGAUCCCUAUCUCAAUCGAGUCACUUCUAAGCUGAAGAAUUGUGGAGAGAAUGUGAUGGAAAUAGAAGUGAAGCAUGAUGGUUCUUGGAGGGUCAAGGCAGGAGGUGAUUUAGGCAGUCUAGGUGAUCUUGUACAGUGGCACUUACCUAAUGGAAAUCUCUGCACAUCUUCUGAUGCAGAAUCUGAUAAGCCAAACCUCGAAAUUCUUAAGUCUCAGGAUGGUUGUUCUAAUGGCCAUGGAAACCUCAGAGUUGGGCUGAAGAAAAACCCCAAUGGCGUUUGGCAAAUUAGUAAGCCUGAGGAAAUCAUUGCCAUGAGCAGCAGUAGUGACACUGUAAUUGGCAAAGAAGGAUGUGAUGAUGUCAGUGUAAAUCAGGAUAACAGUGGGGUUGAGUAUGAACCUGCACAACCGGGAAAUGGUGAACUUAUCGUCUUGAGCGAUUCGGAUGAGGAAAAUGAACUGUUAAUGAUUCCUGGAAAUGAAGUCCCUACCUAUUCUUUUCAACAGAAUGGGAUUCCAGAUUCUUAUGGUAAUGAAGACCGCCCUACUUUUCCUGAUUCACGGAUUGGUAUAUUGAAUACUACUACAACUACUAUUGCUAGUAACAAUGAAUUUGGUAUAGAAACAUGGCCUUCACCCCACAAUAUCCAGAGGGUAGUUCCGGGCUUUCAGAUAUUUGGUUCAAAUGCAGAUGUCCAGCACAACCUCAUUAGUGGCUGUGGGUUUCCCACAGAUAUGGGAUCAGUUGGUGCUGUAACUGAAUCCUCUGUUGUUUAUGCUAAUGCCAAUAUAAACAGUAGCUUGGUUGUUAAUAAUCCCUUUUCAUUCGGUGAUGUUGAUCCCUCUCUUCAGAUGUUUAUUCCGAAUAUACCAUCAGAUCCAUCAUCCAUGGCAGACCCUAAUAUGAGAGAUCAACCACCUGAUGCCACAACCUGUGUUCCAAGUGAGGAUUGGUUCUCGCUUUCCCUUGGGAGUGGAGGAGAUAUUGGGGCUACAUCUGAUUCCACAGGUGCUAAUGGGUUAAAUUCAGGCUAUUAAAAGGUUCCCACUUCAAUUGAGGGAUAUACAUGGUUGCAUAGUUGUCACGGCGGUACGUCAAGUUGCGGCGCCAGCCGACCGCCAUAUCACUUAUGGCCUGUUUGGAUGGGGUGUUGGAAGGUGUUAGUAAUGGAAGUGUUAUUAAGGGUUGGCAUGGGCCCGGAAGGGAAGUGAAUGAUAUUAAAUCCAAUAAGACGUGGAGAGAAGGACCAGGCAGCCCUCUUGCAUUUCCUCGCAAACGCCGUUCUGCAAGACCCAGACCAUACUCAAAUAUUGAUUAUUUUGAUUCUACGUAGGAAAUUUAUGGAUAACAUUGGGCAGUUUUUGAAAAUAUGAAGAUAAUUUUAUACGUAGUAGAUGCGUACUUAAAUUAUCUGCAGGUCAGUAAUUUCACUGCAGUCUGGCCAUAUGUAAAUUGAAGAGGCCAAGCAAUGUAAGAUAUUGACGGUCCAUUUCCUUAAUGAAGCAGAGAGAACCCAACUUUGUAUGCUUGUCAUCACUUUUGGAAUUCCUUUUUGGUGCCGAUUGGGUUACUUGGACGGUGAGUUAUACAUGUGCACUUCUUAUCUUAGCAUACUAUAAAGUAUAAAGUGGAAGCCUGCUGGUUGUUGAGGGGGUGGGUGUAUUAACGCUGAGUCACUGGUCCAACAUUUUUUGUACAAAGCUUUUAGAAACUACUAAUCUAAGUCAAUUCAUCAUUAGCUUCCUUCUCUAAUCUCUAUGAAGUGUACGCAGAAUUUAAGAACCCUUUGAUAACAGUGAAUCGGAUGAAUUUGCUAAAAUUGAUGAAAAUCCGUU